UAUCCCUCAAAGUUUUCGUUACGAUGCCACUAACACCCUGGUAUACUUUAUUACUCAUAAAGAGAUCGAAUAAUAAUACAUAAAGUUAAAGACAUUGCAUACCUACAUUAUUGUGUAGGUUAUUAACCUAUAUUUUAUUUAAGUACAUAAAAGUAAAUCGCGGGCACUGGUCUGAAAACAACCAAGGAGGGUUUCAAAAAAACGUGUCACAGUGGUAAUCCCCUAAAAUUUAAUGUAAACCCAACACGUACGUCGCAAUAAACAAUAAUUAGCACGUCUAAAACGCAAGCAAUAUAAUAGACACGACGACGAUGUGAUCUCAUUCAGUUGUGUGAAGAAAAUACUACGAUAUGGAAUUGUCGAAAUACACCGCAGUAACUCUCCUGACUACACUUACAAUAUUACAAGGCGUAAACUCCAUGCAGAGGGUAGACGAAACGCAAACUGCAGCUCAAACAAAACAAGCUGUACCGAAUACAUUAUCAAGCUUAAUAUUAAACGGGGGAGGAGAUGAACAAUAUGCUAAUACAGAAUUAAAGCAUAAUGUGAGACAGAGAAGACAAAUUUACGAUAGAAGAUAUCCAUAUCCGGUACCUAUACCAAUAAUUGUAGGCGGGUUUGGUAUUGGUCCAGGCAUUGGUUAUGGUCGAGGAUUCGGUGGUAGAGGUUACGGCGGAAGAGGUUUCGGUGGUCGAGGCUUUGGAGGAAGAGGCAUUGGCGGUCUUGGAGGACGCGGUAUCGGCGGCUUCGGUGGACGCGGCGGCAGAGGAUAAAACUUUACUUGCUUACUGAUUAUUAAUUUAUCUUUAUUCUUAAUUAUUAAAUAUUUUUUUAAUUUAAUAGUUUUUAUGGUAUAUUUCUACUAACAUUAAAUUAAUAUUCCUGUAAGUAUA